UGGUUGAAAAUUCAAAGAUGCAAGUUGCAUUUUACGCGUACAACAUUUCCUUGUAUAUUAUUUUGUCAGAAGUAGAUCCAUUAACCAUUAUGAGCCAACAAACAAGUAUUAACCAUUCAUGACUCUUUCUUUGCUCCUUGCUUGCAAUUUGAUCUGAUCCAUAAACUAUUAUACACGAGUCUUACUUGCAAUUAUUGUUAUCCCCCAAUCUUCAUAGCUCUUAAUUUCUAUCAAAAUUCUGCUAUUAGCUACAAGUUCCUUACUUGCUAAUUUGCUCUAACAAUAUCCGAUAGAAGAUAUGGCUGCAAUAGGAAGUGCUUUUCUCUCUGCAACUAUUCAGACCUUGGUUGAGAAACUUGCUUCAACAGAGUUUCGUGAUUACAUCAAAAACACCAAGUUGAAUGUCUCACUCUCGAGGCAGCUGAAAACAACACUGCUCACUCUUCAAGUUGUGCUGGAUGAUGCGGAGGAGAAGCAGAUCAACAAUCCUGCUGUCAAACUAUGGCUUGAUGACUUGAAAGAUGCUGUCUUUGAUGCUGAGGACUUGCUCAGCGAAAUCAGUUAUGAUUCCCUUCGAUGCAAGGUGGAGAAUGCACAAGCUCAAAACAAAAGUUAUCAGGUGAUGAACUUCCUUUCAUCUCCUUUUAAUAGCUUCUACAGAGAGAUCAAUUCUCAAAUGAAGAUCAUGUGUGAAAGCUUGCAAUUGUUUGCACAGAAUAAAGAUAUACUUGGUCUGCAAACUAAAAUCGCAAGGGUUUCACAUAGAACUCCUUCAAGUUCGGUGGUAAAUGAAUCUGUCAUGGUGGGUAGGAAGGAUGAUAAAGAGACAAUAAUGAACAUGUUGCUUUCAAAGAGAGAAACAACCGACAAUAAUAUAGGUGUUGUUGCAAUUUUAGGCAUGGGAGGUUUAGGAAAAACUACCCUUGCCCAACUUGUUUACAAUGAUAAAGAAGUUCAACACCAUUUUGAUUUGAAGGCAUGGGUUUGUGUGUCUGAGGAUUUUGAUAUUAUGAGAGUAACAAAGUCUCUCCUUGAAUCUGUCACUUCGACAACUUCGGAUAGCAAUGAUCUUGGUGUCCUUCAAGUUGAGUUAAAGAAAAACUCGAGGGAGAAAAGAUUUUUGUUUGUGUUGGAUGAUCUGUGGAAUGACAAUUAUAAUGAUUGGAUUGCACUAGUAAGUCCCUUCAUUGAUGGAAAACCUGGAAGCAUGGUGAUUAUAACAACGCGCCAAGAAAAAGUAGCUGAGGUGGCACACACAUUUCCUAUACAUAAAUUAGAACUUCUGUCAAAUGAAGAUUGUUGGACUUUACUCUCAAAGCAUGCAUUGGGCAAUGAUAAGUUUCCCCAUAGUACAAACACAACCCUUGAAGCAAUUGGCCGGAAGAUUGCAAGGAAGUGUGGAGGAUUGCCAAUAGCUGCCAAAACACUAGGAGGACUUCUACGUUCAAAGGUAGAAAUAACAGAGUGGACUUCAAUUUUGAACAGCGACAUAUGGAACUUAUCAAAUGAUAAUAUUCUUCCUGCUUUGCAUUUGAGUUAUCAAUAUCUUCCCUGUCAUUUGAAAAGAUGUUUUGCAUAUUGUUCAAUUUUUCCAAAGGAUUACCCACUUGAUAGGAAGCAAUUGGUUUUGUUGUGGAUGGCAGAAGGCUUCCUUGAUUGUUCUCAUGGGGGAAAAGCGAUGGAGGAAUUAGGUGAUGAUUGCUUUGCUGAAUUGUUAUCGAGAUCGUUAAUUCAACAAUUAAGCAAUGAUGCUCGUGGAGAAAAGUUUGUCAUGCAUGACCUUGUCAACGAUUUGGCUACAGUCAUAUCUGGACAAAGUUGUUUCAGACUUGGAUGUGGUGACAUCCCUGAAAAGGUUCGUCAUGUUUCAUAUAAUCAAGAACUGUAUGACAUUUUCAUGAAGUUUGCGAAAUUAUUCAACUUCAAAGUCUUGCGAAGCUUCCUAUCUAUUUACCCCACAACGUCGUAUGAUAAAUACUUAUCCUUGAAGGUGGUUGAUGAUUUGCUACCAUCACAAAAAAGGUUGCGUCUGUUAUCACUAUCAGGGUAUGCAAACAUCACCAAGCUACCAGAUUCAAUUGGGAAUUUGGUGCUGUUGCGGUAUCUAGAUAUCUCCUUCACUGGAAUCGAAAGCUUACCUGAUACAAUAUGUAACCUUUACAAUUUACAGACCUUGAAUUUAUCAAACUGCUGGAGUCUCACUGAAUUACCAAUACAUAUUGGAAAUUUAGUCAGUUUACGUCACCUUGAUAUAAGUGGGACUAACAUUAAUGAGUUACCUUUGGAAAUUGGGGGACUAGAAAACCUUCAAACUCUCACCCUUUUUUUAGUUGGUAAGAACCACAUAGGGUUAAGUAUUAAAGAGCUAAGGAAAUUCCCAAACCUACAAGGAAAACUUACCAUCAAGAACCUGUAUAAUGUUGUUGAUGCCUGGGAGGCACGUGAUGCCAACUUGAAAAGCAAAGAGAAAAUUGAGGAGUUAGAGCUGAUAUGGGGAAAGCAAAGUGAAGACUCGCAAAAAGUGAAAGUUGUGCUCGAUAUGUUGCAACCUCCAAUAAAUCUGAAGAGCUUGAAUAUUUGCUUGUAUGGUGGGACAAGCUUUCCGAGUUGGUUGGGAAAUUCUUCGUUUUCUAACAUGGUAUCCCUCUGUAUCAGUAAUUGUGAAUAUUGUGUGACACUUCCACCCAUAGGUCAAUUACCUUCUCUCAAGGACCUAAAAAUAUGUGGUAUGAACAUGUUGGAGACAAUUGGUCCGGAGUUCUAUUAUGUCCAGGGAGAAGAAGGUUCUUGUUCUUCCUUCCAGCCAUUUCCAACCCUUGAGCGUAUAAAAUUCGACAACAUGCCAAAUUGGAAUGAAUGGCUUCCCUAUGAAGGCAUAAAAUUUGCUUUUCCUCGACUUAGAGCUAUGGAGUACACGUAAUUGUCGAGAACUAAGGGGACAUUUGCCUAGCAACCUUCCUUGCAUAAAAGAAAUUGUAAUAAAAGGUUGUUCUCAUCUAUUGGAAACAGAGCCAAACACUUUGCAUUGGUUGUCGUCAGUAAAGAAAAUUAAUAUCGAUGGGUUUGGUGAAAGGACCCAAUUGUCAUUGCUUGAGAGUGAUUCUCCAUGUAUGAUGGAAGAUGUAGUGAUUCGAAAGUGUGCUAAGCUAUUAGCUAUGCCAAAAAUGAUUCCAAGAAGCACUUGUCUUCAACACUUGAAACUCUAUUCUCUUUCAUCUAUCGCCGCAUUACCCUCAAGUGGUCUACCCACUUCAUUGCAAUCAAUUGAAAUUGAAUUUUGUUUGAAUUUAUCCUUCCUACCUCCUGAAACGUGGAGCAAUUACACAUCACUUGUGAGACUUUAUUUAAGUCAUAGCUGUGAUGCACUUACAUCCUUUCCACUUGAUGGUUUCCCUGCGCUCAAAUCACUUACCAUAGAUGGUUGUAGUAGUCUGGAUUCCAUUAAUGUUUUAGAAAUGUCUUCACCUCGGUCCUCGAGCCUCCAAUAUCUUGAGAUCAGAUCCCAUGAUUCAAUUGAAUUGUUUAAAGUCAAGCUUCAGAUGAACUCGCUCACCGCCCUUGAGAAGUUGUUUCUGAAAUGUCGAGGAGUGUUGUCAUUUUGUGAAGGAGUUUGUCUACCUCCCAAAUUACAAAAGAUUGUUAUUUUUUCCAAAAAAAUAACACCGCCGGUUACGGAAUGGGGUCUCCAAGAUCUAACCACUCUUUCCGAAUUGAUGAUUAAAGAGGCAGGUGAUAUAGUUAACAACUUGGUGACGGAGUCGUUGCUACCCAUCUCCCUUGUGUCUCUGGAUCUCUAUAAGAUGAAGUCCUUUGAUGGAAAUGGGCUUCGACACCUCUCCUCUCUCCAACGUCUCGAUUUCUGUCAAUGUCGACAGCUUCAGUCAUUGCCAGAAAACUGCCUCCCUUCCUCGCUGAAAACACUUCGAUUUGUGGAUUGUUAUGAGCUUGAGUCAUUGCCAGAAAACUGUCUCCCUUCCUCGCUGGAAAGCCUUGACUUUCAAAGUUGUAAUCAUCUGGAGUCAUUACCAGAAAACUGCCUCCCUUUGUCGCUGAAAUCACUUCGAUUUGCGAAUUGUGAAAAGCUUGAGUCAUUUCCAGACAACUGCCUCCCGUCCUCGCUGAAAUCACUUAGAUUGAGUGAUUGUAAAAUGCUUGAUUCAUUACCAGAAGACAGCCUCCCUUCAUCUCUUAUCACUCUGUACAUUAUGGGAUGCCCAUUGUUAGAAGAAAGGUAUAAAAGGAAGGAACAUUGGUCCAAAAUUUCUCACAUCCCUGUCAUCACAAUAAACAACCAACGCACAAUAUGAUAGACAAGCUGUGCUCCUGUUUCAGUUUUGAAGGACAAAUUCUCAUUGGUCCAAAAUUACUCACCAUAUGAGGACAAGUUGUGUUACCGUUUUCAGGUGAUGAUGGCCUAAGUGGAUGGAACUCAGUUCAUUUGAUAAAUUGAAGACAAAAGUGGGAUAUGUGGUUAUUGUUCUCAUGAUUCAUCUUGUAUAAAUCUUUGAGUGGAGAAAAAAUGGUUGCCAUUGAUUGCCACAAGUCUCUUUGUAUUUUAUUAUCUUUUGGUUGUAUCUUGGUAUGUUUUGUAAUAACCUGCUUGGUCCAGUCAUACAGAGUACAAUGCAGUAGGGUUUGUAAUAUUCUUGCUUUGUAGCUUUAAGCAAAUGCUCAUAUGAUUCAGAAUGUUGGAUACUGUUUGAAAUAUUCUGUUCCACUGCUUUGUUAGUAUGUGGAAACAUGAAGCAUAAAUAAAUGGAACAAGUAGAAGAAUCCAUGUUAUUGGUUCUAAAUAUUCUAUUCA